UCUAGAAGCAAGGAGGUCCUUUCUUCUUCUCUCCUAAAAAGUGGGCAUGGGAUGAGUCGUGUGCUCCCUGGUGUUCUCACACCUUGCUUUUCGCUCCUCCUCCCUCUCCAUCUCUUUCCUUUCCCCAGCCCUUUCUCUCUCUAAAACUAAAAAUCCAAUCCUAAUUUGAUACCAAUCUUACAUCUCUUUCUCCCCUUCCUUAGAUGGAGAAAAUCCAAUCCUAAUUUGAUACGAAUCUUCACCCGAAUAGAUCUCUUCCUCCCCUUCCUUGGAUGGAGAGCGAUACCUAUCGGGCCUUCCUUGUUCUUUUGGCUCAACCGACUCUUUUGCUAGGGUUUGGAUAAGAAUGGAGACCGGGGUGGGGACGGUGGGGCCGUCGAGGCAUAGCUUGCCUCCUGGGAUGAGCGCGGCGGCGAGCGUGGAUUUCGACGGGGCCGCCAGCAUCUCGAGGUCGGACGCUUCGCCGUCUUCUCCGCCUCACCGGCGGUCGGCGUAUUCCGAUUCUAAUAUGGGAUUUGGGGGGCGGGCGCUCUCUGCCGCGGGGGCCGCUUUUCUUUCCGCGAUUCUUAUGAAUCCUCUCGAUGUGGCGAAGACGAGGUUACAAGCCCAAGCGGUUGGAGUUCCAUAUUAUCCUUCACAGCAUCAGUAUGGAAGGCAAAUGGCUCCCUUUGGCCCGAAUACGAUACUUUCAGAUAUCAGAUGCUUUCCAUCAUGUGCUCGUGGUGGAAUAUUUGGUAGCGGACCAGUCUGCCCUCCUGAUUGUUUUCAAUACAAGGGAACAAUGGAUGUAUUCUAUAAAGUUGUUAGACAAGAAGGAUUUCGUAGAUUGUGGAGGGGCACAAAUGCAGCACUAGCGUUAGCUGUACCAACCGUCGGGAUUUACUUACCAUGUUAUGACAUAUUCCGCAAUUGGAUUGAACAAUUCACAGCAUGUAAUGCUCCUAAUUUGACACCAUAUGGCCCACUAGUUGCAGGCUCACUUGCACGCUCGUUAGCAUGCAUAACUUGUUCUCCUAUUGAGUUGGCAAGAACACGCAUGCAGGCAUAUAAAGAGUUCCGAAAUGGAGCAAAGCCCCCGGGAAUGUGGAAAACAUUACUUGGGGUUCUAUCCCCUCACAGGAGUACAAAUAACCAUCAAAACUUGCAAAGCUAUCGCAUUCUGUGGAUGGGUGUGGGAGCACAACUUGCCCGUGAUGUACCUUUUUCUGCUAUAUGCUGGUCAACUCUAGAGCCGAUUCGAAGAAGAUUACUUGCACUAGUUGGUGAGGAAGGCAAUGCAUCUAGUAUAUUAGGAGCAAACUUUUCGGCUGGUUUUGUAGCAGGUAGCCUUGCUGCUGCGGCUACAUGUCCUCUUGAUGUUGCAAAAACUCGAAGACAAAUCGAGAAGGAUCCAUCAAGGGCACUAAAAAUGACCACAAGGCAAACCUUAGUGGAGAUGUGGAGGGAUAGAGGACUGAAGGGUCUCUUCACAGGUGUCGGCCCACGAGUUGGACGAGCUGGACCUUCUGUAGGCAUUGUUGUUUCAUUUUAUGAAGUUGUCAAGUAUGUUUUGCAUCAAAGACACAUAAAGGCAUGAGAAGGUAUUUGGUUAUCUAUGAAAAGUCUGCCCUUUCUUCUGUGGAACUACAAAGGGGGAUGGCAUUGAUGCAGUCCAUGCUGCCUUUCACAUUGUUGGGGAGGUCAGAAAAAAACUAUCCUGAUUGAGAGCAAAUGAGAUGCCAUCAGAAGUGCUUUUGCAUCUUUCGAGCAUGCAAAACGUUUGUGUGCAAUUUUUGUUGAAGUAGUAAGCAUUUCAUUAGUCACAAUGAGAUGCAACUCUAUUUUUUUUGGAGGUUAAAUUGCAGAGACUAACAUUGUUUUUUCUCGCUCCCCUUUCAUAAAUUUUCAUUAUUUUGCCUCGA